AUGUCUGAACCAGGUCCAGAGUCUGUCCCCACAAGCGCCGACCCGCGCAGCAAGCGGCCCACAAAACGCCGCGCUGUGACGCCGCAUUCCGAGCAUGCAACCCAAAUCGAUACCCUGUUCAAAGACCCGUCGAAGGAGAUCAAGCUCCCCGGUGCACCCAGGGCACACACAUCUUCCUCACUUGCCCCGCCACCAGAAAUUGUCGCCAACGUCCAGGGUUCGUCGGCUGGUGCGGGCUCGGGCGAGUUUCACGUCUACAAAGCGAGCCGGCGGCGCGAGUACGAGCGCCUGCGGCUGAUGCAGGCCGAAGUUGACAAAGAGAAGAACAACGCGGAUUGGGAGAAGCAGCGGGAGGAAGCGAAGCGCAAGGAUGAUGAGAAGACGGAAAAAAAUCGGCGAAGGCGGGAAAAGAAGCGUGCGGCGAGGGGCGGUAACAAGGACAGUGGAAAGCCUUCUAUGGACGUCGAUAAGCCGUCGACGAAGGGGCCCAAACCCCCCAGCCGGGCAAUCGACCAGACAGCGGAUGGUGGUGAGGGUCACCAGCCGGCAGAGGAAGUCCCCGGUGUUAUUAUCCACGAAGACGACUAG